CAUGCCCGCUAACCUGACUUGGCGUCAGCUGACCAGAGGUCAGUGUGUGGAUCUGUCCACUCAGCAACUCAGUCACCUAGCUCCAGUGCACGGUCACGUGUCGCAGCCAGCCCACAGCACGAGGGCAGCCGCCCUCUGGUCUGAGAUCCUCAGUCACCGUCCGUUGCUUGUAGCAGACCAGCACAGACGCCUCCAAAUUCAUUUAAGCCAUCGACACGUGAUCGAACGUCACGUUUUCAUCCUACUUCAUCAGCUGGACUGAUUACACCUGAAAACCUACAUAAAUAAAACCCUGAUUCCCACGUGUAAUCUACCCGGCGUACAAUUCAAACGACAGUUAAUGUACACACGCCACCUACCUAUAAAUACUCAGCUAAUCACACGUGGCAAAUAAAGGCCAAACCUUAGGAAAGUACCUUCUGGUGGUGAAAUAAGUGUCAGAGGGAUGCUCCGCGUGCCGUCACCCUCCACCGACUCAGAGGAGCGCUCCAGCUAACGACCAAUGGCAGAUGAGUGCAUAAUGAGUGCGUGCUGACGCCACAGCCCAUUCCACCAAUCAGCGCGCGCCUCGCUGCCCUGCCCGCCGCGCCAGGUUCCAGAAGGAUGCCCGACACAAGGCGCACGUGCGGUUAUCUGUGCGCGUGCUCACGCAGCUUUCUCAGUCUGCCUUCAACCUUCCAGAGGCAAACAUCGGUGUCUGCGCCACCCUUUCCACGGACUGUGUGUCACCGACACUGACAACAGUGUGACAAGCCCACAACCGUCCUGUCAUUCCUAGUGUGCAGUGACGUCAAGAUUGUGCUGUUUGUUGUUGUCAGGAAGUUUACAGUACAUAACAAUUAGCGAGGAUAAUGUGAUAGUAGUCACACGCUCUCUCAGUCGUUACAUGGCGCUGUCUCUAACUGAUCUCACCACUGACCUACAGGACUACACCAUGUUCGAGGUGCCUGAGAACACGUCAGUACUCACAACGGACAGCAUGGUAUACAGCCACGUCAUCAGCGCCAUCCAUUCACAGGUGGCCCUCUACGCAGCGGUGUCUCUCAUGGGCAUUGUCAUCGUGGUGGGCUGUAUAGGUAACAUCCUGGUCAUCGUGGCUGUGCGGACCACCAAAAAGCUACAGACCGUGUCCAACGCCUUCGUAGUCAACCUCAGCGUGUGCGACCUCCUCUUUGUCACGGUCGUCCUUCCCUUCAACAUCUAUACAUAUGUCGUGGACGGCUGGCACCUGCCCCAACAGCUCUGCAAAUUCGUCGGUUUUCUAGGCUAUACUCUCACAGGUACGACCAUCAUGACCAUCACGCUGAUUGCGUGGAACCGCUACAAGCUGAUCGUUGACCUGACAAGCUACCGCCGCCUCUUCGUGGCACGGCGUAUCGCCGCCAUGUUGGCGGUGGCCUGGGUGUUGCCUGUUACCUGCCUGACGCCGGCACUGCUCGAGGUGUGGGGCCACUUCGGCUAUGUUGCCAUGAUGGUGACAUGCAACCUGCUGCUGGACCACGACAGCCAGUCAUUCAAACUCUUUCUCCUUAUCGUGCGCGCCGCCAUCCCCUGCAUGCUCAUCCUCUACUUCUACCUCAGCAUCUACCGUACUACCAAAGCUUCUCACCGCCGCGUACGGCAGGGACGGCUACUCUCGCACGACCGCCACCUAGACCAGCACAUCCAGCGCAAGGAAAUGCACCUGACAAAAAUGAUGGCCACCAUCUUUCUCGUCUUCGCUCUCUCCUACUUCCCUUGCACCAUCUCCAGCAUUGUGGACUGGAAUACCGUGCUAUCCAAGCGCUUUCACAUGUUCUGCCUCAUCACCGUGUACGUGGGCAGCGCUGUCAACCCGCUCAUCUACGGCCUCAUGAACUCGCAGUUCCGCCGCGCCUAUUACAGCAUCCUCCUCUGUCGCUGCCGCACGUGCGGCGAGGAGAAAAGCUUGUAUCCCUCCCUGAGUGUUACGACUCUGCCCCCAAACAGGAGCUCGCAGAGGAGGGAGAUGGUAGCAGACCAACAGUGGUGCAACGAGAACACCUACAGUGACCCUACGCCCAUGUCGUCGCCAGAGAGUCGCACGCGCAAAUACCGCGUGCUUCAUCGCACGGAGACUGAAAAAACCUACGUGGACUCGGACUCCUGCAAGCGGGUUGGCGACAGCGACACACUCAAUGAGUAGAACACACGGACUCUCGUGUAGACAGAAUGUGUUGUCUCCGAAAAACUGCGCUGUGUGCAUUCACGUACAAACACGGAAUGCACAGAAAAAUUACACUUUCAGCGCAUAACAAAAGACACGAUGGUGCUUUCAUGAGGUUGAAAAACCCUCAAAAACAAAACAAGCAAAUCUGGAGACUACUGGAGAAAUACUUUUCCAACGUUUUCCCACAACUUGAAGUCUUUUCAAAGCAAACACAACACAAACAUUUGGUGUAUUUUGCGACAAAUUGUAUUAAGCCUCGAUACUUUUUUUUGGUUGUGUUAAACUGCCGAUAAAGUUACAAAAGCUAACCUGAUACCAUUUGUGCUUUCAUCAAGACCAUAAGGGUUUUCACAACUGUCUUCGUGUGUGUGAUGCUCAGUUUGCGAAGUAUUAAACAAACCUGUUAUUAGCUCAGACCCUUUGUUAUUGUUACCACCGCCUGGUAAAGCUCUUGGUUCUUCAUCUUCAUUGAUCAGCGUAAUGGCAAAAAUAAAGUCACAAGGACAAGCACUGCUCGAAGUGAUGAUGGCAAAGCUGUGAUAUACAUGUAUAUUCCGGGAUGGGUGCAGAGUUUCUGUACUUGAAAAUGGGGAUGGGACAGAAAAACUUGACAAGUGUUCUUCAAAUCACGUUAAAUUCUUCGCAAUUUGUGCGCAAAUCUUUACAGCGAACUGUGCGACUGCAUGAAUGUCUGCGAGUGCAGCGUGUGUAUGGUUAUUUGAAUGAAAAGUCUGGAACAAUGGCAACUCUCAUGCCUCAUCUUCAAUCUGAAAACAAACUUUGGCGGGGUCAGAGUAAAACGUUCCAAAAUGGCGAAGUCAUUCAACAUCGUGCUGUGAUCGGACCAUAUCUGUAUCCCAUCCCACCUUCACUGCCUGAAGUGCUUGCUUUGUAGACAGCGGCUGUCUUUCUUCAAUGAAAUAAAAGCUACCAAACAUGCAGCUUUGUUACGAACGCCCAGUACUUUUGUGAAUGGACCUUGUGUGAAGGGUAAGAGAAGAGAGUCUUGAUGUGUGUGUGUGGCGGGGUGGUAUGCUGCAGGCUGCGUGUGAAGUUCUCACUACCUGCAUGUCUCGCAACGCUAAUGCAAAUGCGCUCGACGAGUCAUUUUUCACCUUGUACUAUAUAAGGUACAACCGAUCGUCCCCAAAUUUUCACCGAAUCAUCACCAACACAGAACGUGUUCCUGUCGACCCUGACGUCUAUCUACAUGUGCAUGACACGCGGAAAACCAAAAAGAAUUCACGCUCGUGAAGCUCGAUUAACGCAGGUCUAACCCAGUCUCUGAAGCGUCACACCACAAACAGCACCGUGGCCACUCCAUCUGCACAGCGACGGAAGUUCGACUGCACUUGUUUCUAAACUUUUUCAUAGAAACAAGUUUGUAAACGUUUAGCCACAAGCAACGUUAAAUGUGGGUUUUCUCUGAACUGGCGCACAGAAUUUUUGUUGUGUUUUUGCAAAAAAAAAAAAAAAAAACCAACAACAAACAAACAAACAAACAAACAGCAACCGUUUAGGAAGAAUUCGUAUUCUCUAAAUGCUCUUCUCGUCAUGGCCUGUCGAGUCGUGUGAUGAUCGUUUUACAUAUCCCCAUGUAAACAGUGCACGUCACGUUCACAACUCGUUAGUCAUUAAUCUAAAUAGUCAACAACUUAUUCAGUAGUUCUGCUCGCACCAUGUAUCAAAAGUUUUUUCUUUUGUUGCCUAUGCUUUGGAGCCGCAAUGUUUAUACGAAUGUGCUGAUGGGAAUUUAGUUUUAAAAAUUGUAAAAUGCGCUGUUCAACAAGUUCAGAAGCUUUCUCUAACCUAUUUUAAAGAAACAGCUUAGACCUAAACAUGACAGGUAGAUGCGUAUUAGCCAUCAGGCACUAGUUAGCAAAAGCAGAAAUAUGUAAACGACGGCCGUUUAGAAUUAAGGAUAAUCGAAUUCAUGGAACACAAAAUCGUCAUUAAUACUUCAAACAAAUAAUUUGAUCAGCAGAUUAACCGACCGUUAGUCAUCGCUCACGCAAGUCUCUGAUACACAGAAAGGGAAGUAACCAUCUACUGGAACAAAACCAGCGCCGUGGUAGGCGUGCGAUGGACAUCAGAACCUCACUUGUAUUCAAGUGCACGUUAUGUACUGCACAGCUAAAAAACAAUCUAACACGUUCUACAGCCCUCUAUGUCUCUAGUGGGUAGCUUUUAAUAAUCUCGCACUUUUUUGUAACACGGACAUUUGGAAAACUGUGCCAGGGUAACAAACUCUUAAUGCCCCCCUCAAAAUAACACAGGUUGCGUCCCUUGCAAUCAUCAACAUGGUCAAACACUUAAAUAUCUGCCAUGUGCUGAAAACUACACGACA